CCCGAGUCUGCCGUGUGCCAACCGCGUCCUCUGCUCGCCUCCACUCCACCAGCGUGGCGGGUGGCGGCGGCAUCGCAUCCGUACGGCCCUUCUCCAACCACCCCUUCUUCCCUUCCCCACGCCGUUCUUUCCUCUCUGCCACUCUCCCUCUCCAUCCUGCCGGUGGCAUCUAGUGCCGCAACCUACUCAACAGCCUGAAACUUCUUCCCCCCACGCCAACGGCGCUUCAGAAACCUGAAGCAGAGGCAGAGGAUCCUCUCCAUCUUCCGGCUGUCGACUGGUUGAUUGCUGCCUGGGAUAGGAAGAUUCCUCUGAAUUCCCAGUCGUCCAGUUGUUCCCGAGACAGUAUAAUUUUUGUUUAUGUGUCAGUCUCUUGCUGUGAUUCUGAAUCGGCGGUUACUCACCGAUUUUCUUUCUGAAAAAGAUGGUUACAUGGUGACUGGAUGGGAAACCAGUAGGCUGGCACAACGGAUCCGUACAGCUCAUGAGCGUCAUCUUUGCAUGCUAGCUAGCUGCCAAGACGGCUCCACCUCGGCCUCUCGCGACUGGCUCCGGCUCUUCCCGGCGCCCCGGGUCACUCUGGCCUUCCUCGUCGUGCCCCCGAUCCGCACACUGAAUAAUGGGGCGUGGGGGGCACAGGAGCACGCCAUCUCCGCGCCGUCGCUGCUGCCGCGGAGAGCCUCUCCCUUAGACAAUGGCCAAGAUGAGCUGCUUCUCCAUCCUGCUCACCGGCCGGAGGCAGAAACGAGUGCAGGUUGGUGAUGCCGGCAAGGGUGCUGGAACUGGGAACGAGAGCCCCAGGGCGAAGCCGGUGGCGGUGGAGUCUACUGACGCGCUGCCGCAGCCGGUUGCCGCUGCCGUUGUGGACAAAUGCGGCGAUAAGAUCGUCGCCGAUGUGGUCAUCGUGGUGGCGCACAAGGCCGGCGAGGCAUCGCCGGUGAAGAGGGACAGCUUGUCUGACGACUUCGAGUUCGACUUCCACCCGCACCCCAACAAGCCCGUCGUAUCCGACGUCCACGGCGUGGACAAGCAACCCCUUGGCACCGUGCCGGACGCGCCGGUGGUCACGAGCGGCGGGGAGGAGGCUGCUGCGGUGGAGGUCGACCCAUCGGCGAAGCUCAAACGCUCAUGCUCGAACAUCGAGACGAAGCGGACUGGCCCGAGGGACGCCCCGGGCAUGCCAGUGCGGUCGCGCUCCUCCGGCGACCUUCCGGGCGACCUCUUCGUGGUCACCACCCCGCGGCGCGCGCACGAGGCGAGCCCCGAUGCGUCGGUGAAGACGUCGCGCACCGCCGAUGGCGUGAUGCUCAAGCGGCGGUCGUCCAGCCAGGUGCUGCCGUCGCGGAGCCGGAAGCUGUGGUGGCGGCUCUUCCUCUGGAGCCACCGCAACCUGCACCGUCCCUGGUCGGCGCGCCCGAGCGACGCCGGCACUCCCGGCGGCGGGUACACGUCGGACACGCUCGAGGAGCCGGCCGACCGAAAGAACAAGAAGGUGGUGGUGGACGAGUCGCCGCCGCAGCCGCCGUCGCAGAACCAGUGGGUCGCCUUCUGCGCCGACCACUCACUGAGCGACCGCGUGAGUGAGUGGGUUAGCAGCAUCGACAACAGCGGGUGCCUCCGCAUCGCCGAGGAGGAGGACGAUGACAAUGGUGCCGACCAGAGUAUGGACCUCGCCGACGACUGCGUCGCGCGCCCGCGCGCCAUCGAGGCCGGGGAGACGUCGGGUAAGGGAGGCCACGGCAAGCUGGCCAAGCGGUGCGCGGCGGCGGACGACGUGGCCCAGGCCAACAGCAUCGUCCAGUCCCUCAACGGCUUCUCGUCCGUGGCGCACAUCUCCGGCAUGGGCCUCAAGGUCGUGCCCAUGAUCGCGCCCUUCUCCAACCUCCGCGCCGUCAACCUCUCCGGCAACUUCAUCGUUCAUAUCUCCCCCGGAUCGCUGCCGAAGGGCCUGCACUCACUGGAUCUGUCGCGGAACAAGAUCGCAAACGUAGAGGGGCUCCGGGAGCUGACGAAGCUGCGCGUGCUCAACCUCAGCUACAACCGGAUCUCGCGCAUCGGCCAUGGGCUGUCGAACUGCACGGCGAUCAGGGAGCUGUACCUGGCGGGGAACAAGAUCAGCGACGUGGAGGGCCUGCACCGGCUGCUGAAGCUGGCGGUGCUGGACCUGGGAUUCAACAGGCUCACCACGGCCAAGGCGCUGGGCCAGCUCGUGGCCAACUACCACUCCCUCCUGGCGCUCAACCUGGUGGGCAACCCGGUGCAGGCCAACGUCGGCGACGACGCGCUGCGCAAGGCGGUCACUGACCUCCUCCCGCAGCUCGCAUACCUCAACAAGCAGCCCCUCAAGCCGCGGGAGGUGGCCACCGAUAGCGUCGCGCGUGCGGCCCUCGGUGGCUCGGGCACAGGGGGACGCCGGCGGGGGGCGUCGCGGCGGCUCAGCCAGAGCCCCGGAUCGUCGUCGUCGUCGUCCAGGAGCAGGUCCAAAGGCAGGCAGCACCACGGCUCGAGCGUGACGGCAAGGAAGUGAACAAUGAUCAAUUCUUCUUUUUACUCCUAGACGAAGGUGGAAGGAAGCCCCCUCGGCCCCUACCGCAGAGGACACUGCCACAUUGGUAUCCAUGAGUCCUCGCCGGCAGCUUCAGGAGCGUCACCGCCUUUCUGCUGAUCACUCUGGGAGUUGUGUGGACUCGUAGAUGGUUGGAGACCAUUUGGGGGCAUCCAAGCUGUAUAUUAGCCCCAAGAAAUUUGCGAGGGUUUGGAGUUUUUCAUAAGAACUAUUCCCUCCGUACCACAAUACUUGUUGUUGCAGAAAACUAGUCUAGUUCUCCCCAACAACAAGUAUUUAGGAACAGGGGGAGUAGUGAACUACCCGUGCCGAAGGGAGCCCCGGCAUAGGUUGGUCAGAGCUCUUGGGAGAAGAAGGUGAGACAACAUUUGUUAUUGAGGGUAUCCAUUUGCCUCUACAUCUUUGACAGAGAUUAGCAUUCCCUUGAGAA